AUGACAGAACGUGCAAAAUAUGUGAAAUGGAGUGAACAAAAUAUGAAUGAAGCGUUAAUCGCAUUUCAGAAUGGUGCUGCUGUGUUAAAUGAAAUAGCUAGGAGAUAUAAGGUACCAAAGGCAACGCUGAAACGAAGAAUUGAUGAUACGAAUAUGAACGUUCAUGGAAGCGAAAAAAAAUUUGGUCGUGCUGCAGAUCUUCCACCAGAAUUAGAGGAGGAGAUAGUUACACAUGCUCUGGAGCUUGAACGGAGGCUGUUUGGAAUAAUCCGUAGUGAUUUAAGAAAGCUGGCUUACGACGUCGCUGAAGCAAAUGGGAUUCGACAUAGAUUGAAGAAUGGACAAGCCGGUAAGAAGUGGUAUUAUUGCUUUAUGUCGCGACACAAAGAGUUAUCGCUUCGUCAGCCAGAACCUACUUCAUCGGUCAGGGCUCUAGGGUUUACCAAGGAAAAAGUUAAACUUUUUUUUGGUUGUCUUACUGCUCUUUUUGAUAAGCAUUACUUUGGUCCAUCGGAGAUAUAUAAUGUCGACGAGACUGGUCUUUCUACAGUCCAGAGACCACAGAAAAUUAUUGGACGAAAGGGCAAGCAUCAAAUAGGAUCUUUAACAAGUGGGGAACGAGGCGUAAAUACCACGUGCGUUUGCUGUUUUAAUGCUGCCGGAAUGUACAUUCCACCGAUGUUAAUUUUCAAACGCAUCAGAUUUAAAGAUGAACUCAAAGAAGGCGCACCUCCAGGAACAAUAUUUGCUUGUUCGGAAUCGGGAUGGAUAACCAGCGAAUUAUUUGUAAAUUGGCUAAAGCAUUUUAUUAAUUCCGUAAAACCGUCAAAAAAUAAAAACGUGCUUUUAAUUAUGGACGGUCACACAACACACACCAAAAAUCUGGAAGCCAUAACUCUAGCUAGAGAGAAUGGAAUAAUUAUGAUGUCAUUACCAGCUCACACCAUACAUCGGAUGCAACCGUGUGAUAUUUCAUUUUUUAAGCCCCUUAGCUCAUAUUACAACCAAGCAGCUGAUAAGUGGCUUCGUGCCAAUCACAGUCAAAAUAUUACACAAUUUCAAGUAUCAAGGCUACUUGGAGAAGCGUAUGCUAAAGCAGCAUCGGUCGGAAACGCCGUUAGCGGCUUUGCAAAAUGUGGCAUAUGGCCUUUAGAUCCGAAUGUUUUUGACGAUAAUGAGUUUGUUAGUCUUCCCAGUGAUAACAUGGAUUGCAUAAAUACCCCAAAGGACCAAAUAGAACCUAAAACACAAGCAGUUGCACAAGAAGUUUCUACUAGCGUCAAUAGCCGCUUGGAAAUCCCAUCUACCUCUACCUUGGAAGAAUCAGUGGAGGCAGAAUGUUCCACAUCAUCCUUACAAAAAUUUAAAUCUGUGUCCGAAAUAUCUCCUAUGCCAGUUUUGCCUUCAGUCACUUCUAAUGGUACUACAUUACUAACCAGCACUCCAUACAGGAAUCGUCAAGUGAAUCUGACAACGAAGAUAGUCUUUGCAUUGUUUGUAUAUAUCCAUUUUCACAGUCCAAUCCAGGGGAAGAAUGGAUUCGAUGCACCUCAUGUAAAAAAUGGGCUCACUUGA